AUGGGGCCCCCGGGCAAUAGAGGAUCAUGGGCCCCUGUGUCCUUGCCCAAACUCAAAAAAGCCUAUGAAAAAAGUACCAGGGGCAUCUCAUGGGGUCCCCUACUGACCCCGGGCCCUCGAGCACUUUUGAGGCACUAUUCCGUCCACUGACAAACUGUGAGACACUAUUCUACCAAGGGGCGGACUGACAACUCAUGGGGCCCCCGGGCAAUAGGGGAUCAUGGGGCCCCUGUGUCCUUGCCCAAACUCAAAAAAGCCUAUGAAAAAGGUACCAGGGGCAUCUCAUGGGGCCCCCUACUGACCCCGGGCCCUCGGGCAGUGCCUGAGUUUCCAAAUGGUCAGUCCGCCCCUG